AUGUUUACUUUCCUCCCAAGCAGCAGCAGCAGCAGCAGCAGCAGCAGCAGCAGCAGCAGCAAGGAUAGGAGCAGCAGCAGCAGCAGCAGCAGCAGCGGCCGCAGCAGAUAUCGGAGCGACCGCAGCAGCAGCAGCAGCAGAAGCAGCAGCAGCAGCAGCAGCAGCAGCAGCAGCAGCAGCACGAAAGACAGCAGCAGCAGCAGCAGCAGCAGCAGCAGCAGAGGCAGGAGAAGGACGCAGCAGCAACAGCAGCAGCAACAGCAGCAGCAACAGCAGCAGCAACAGCAGCAGCAACAGCAGCGACAGCAGCAGCAACAACCCCACCACCGCCGCCAGCAACACCAGGAACACCAACAGCAGCAACAGCAGCAACACCAACAGCAGCAACAGCAGCAGCAGCAGCAGCAGCAGCAACGACCCCCCCACCACCACCAACAACAGCAGCAACAGCAGCAACAGCAGCGACCAUAUGCAGGAAGGACGCAGCAGCAACAGCAGCAGCAACAGCAGCAGCAACAGCAGCAGCAACAGCAGCGACAGCAGCAGCAGCAACCCCACCACCGCCGCCAGCAACACCAGCAACACCAACAGCAGCAACAGCAGCAGCAGCAGCAGCACCAACAGCAGCAGCAACGGCAGCAGCAGCAACGACCCCACCACCAGCAACAGCAGCAACAGCAGCAACAGCAGCGACGCCACCUCUAA